GCGUGCCGACGCCUGCGUCAGCAAAGAGCGGGGUUGGGGGCACCCGGUUUGAAGUCGUGCGGGUCGGAGACUGCCUGCGUCGCUGUCUCGGACCCCUGCUCCCCGGCCGUGGCGGGGACGAGCUCGGGUAGGCGGCCGAGCAGAUGCCCGAAGGCCCGAGUCGCGACGCCCUCCGCCUCACCGGCCGCUCCCCUGUGCUCCGGGGCCUGGGCCUGCGCGGCUCUGCUCUCUGGAAACUAGCGCCUCAGCCGCGCGUCGCGUAUCUCUUGGGGAGCCCCGAACUGGCGGCGCCCGGACAUGGCGGUUUCCAGGCUUGAUCGUCUUUUUAUCUUACUGGAUACUGGCACUACUCCAGUUACAAGAAAAGCUGCUGCACAGCAACUUGGAGAAGUGGUGAAGCUUCAUCCCCAUGAGCUAAAUAAUCUCUUAUCUAAAGUGUUGAUAUAUUUAAGGAGUACAAAUUGGGAUACCCGGAUUGCAGCAGGACAAGCUGUUGAAGCUAUAGUGAAAAAUGUACCUGAGUGGAAUCCUGUGCCAAGAACCAAACAAGAACCUACUUCAGAAAGUUCUAUGGAAGAGUCAUCUACUACAGAUCGAUUGAAUUUUGACAGAUUUGAUAUAUGUAGAUUGUUACAACAUGGGGCAUCGCUUCUGGGGUCUGCUGGUGCAGAAUUUGAAGUCCAAGAUGAAAAAUCAGGUGAAGUGGAUCCUAAAGAAAGGAUAGCACGCCAACGAAAACUAUUACAGAAGAAACUUGGCCUUAAUAUGGGAGAAGCAAUUGGAAUGAGUACUGAAGAACUAUUCAAUGAUGAAGAUUUGGAUUAUACCCCAGCUGCAGCAGCCCUUGUGAACAAACAACCUACUCUUCAGGCAGCUGAAUUGAUUGACUCAGAAUUUCGAGCAGGAAUGAGCAAUAGACAAAAGAACAAAGCUAAAAGAAUGGCCAAGUUAUUUGCAAAACAGAGAUCCAGGGAUACAGUGGAAACUAAUGAGAAGAGCAAUGAUAGCACUGACGGAGAGCCAGAAGAAAAGAGACGGAAAAUAGCAAAUGUUGUUAUUAAUCAGUCUGCAAAUGAUUCCAAAGUCUUGAUUGAUAAUAUUUCAGACAGCUCUUCCUUAAUUGAAGAGACAAAUGAAUGGCCUUUGGAAAGCUUUUGCGAAGAACUUUGUAAUGAUCUUUUUAAUCCAUCCUGGGAGGUUCGACAUGGUGCAGGCACUGGACUUAGGGAAAUCCUUAAAGCUCAUGGGAAAAGUGGUGGUAAAAUCGGAGACAGCACUUUAGAAGAGAUGAUUCAGCAGCAUCAAGAGUGGUUGGAAGACUUGGUUAUUAGACUUCUUUGUGUUUUUGCGUUAGACAGAUUUGGAGACUUUGUUUCUGAUGAAGUUGUGGCACCAGUUCGUGAAACUUGUGCUCAGACAUUAGGUGUGGUGUUAAAACACAUGAAUGAAACAGGCGUUCAUAAGACUGUGGAUGUGCUGCUUAAAUUACUUACACAAGAACAAUGGGAAGUUAGACAUGGUGGUCUGCUGGGAAUAAAAUAUGCUUUGGCAGUUCGUCAGGACGUAAUUAAUACUUUAUUGCCUAAAGUUUUAACUAGAAUAAUUGAAGGACUCCAGGACCUUGAUGAUGAUGUCAGAGCUGUUGCAGCAGCAUCAUUAGUGCCUGUGGUAGAAAGUCUUGUCUGUCUUCAGACACAAAAGGUACCCUUCAUUGUAAAUACAUUAUGGGAUGCUCUUCUGGAACUAGAUGACCUGACAGCUUCAACAAAUAGUAUUAUGACUCUUCUUUCAUCCUUGUUAACUUAUCCUCAGGUCCAACAAUGCAGUAUUCAGCAGUCACUCACAGUUUUAGUUCCACGUGUCUGGCCUUUUUUGCAUCACACUAUAUCAUCAGUUCGAAGAGCAGCAUUGGAAACUCUGUUUACAUUAUUAUCAACACAAGACCAGAACUCUUCAUCUUGGCUCAUACCUAUCCUGCCUGAUAUGCUGCGACACAUUUUUCAGUUUUGUGUUUUAGAAAGCAGCCAGGAAAUUCUGGACCUCAUUCACAAGGUUUGGAUGGAACUGUUAAGCAAGGCUUCAGUACAAUACAUUGUAGCAGCUGCUUGUCCGUGGAUGGGUGCUUGGCUUUGCUUAAUGAUGCAGCCUUCUCAUUUACCUAUUGAUUUAAAUAUGUUGCUAGAAGUAAAAGCUAGAACCAAGGAAAAAGCAGGUGGUAAGGUGCGCCAAGGCCAAAGCCAGAGUAAAGAAGUACUUCAGGAGUAUAUCGCAGGUGCAGACACUAUCAUGGAAGACCCAGCCUCCAGGGACUUUGUGGUUAUGCGGGCCAGAAUGAUGGCAGCCAAGUUAUUAGGAGCACUUUGUUGCUGUAUUUGUGAUCCAGGUGUAAAUAUGGUAACCCAGGAAAUUAAACCAGCUGAAUCCCUUGGCCAGUUACUACUCUUCCAUUUGAACUCCAAAUCUGCUUUACAGAGGAUUAGCGUUGCUUUGGUAAUCUGUGAAUGGGCUGCUUUACAAAAGGAGUGUAAAGCUGUUACCCUAGCUGUGCAGCCACGUUUACUUGAUAUCCUUUCAGAACAUUUAUAUUAUGAUGAAAUUGCCGUUCCAUUCACACGAAUGCAGAAUGAAUGUAAACAGCUUAUUUCAUCAUUAGCUGAUGCACAUAUUGAAGUUGGUAAUAGAGUAAACCACAAUGUUUUUACAAUAGAUCAAGCUAAUGACCUGGUCACUACUGUUUUUAAUGAAGUCACAUCAUCUUUUGACUUAAAUCCUCAAGUGUUACAGCAGUUAGAUGGUAAACGACAGCAGGUCCAAAUGACUGUUACAGAGACCAACCAGGAGUGGCAAUUGUUGCAGUUGAGAGUGCAUACGUUUGCAGCCUGUGCAGUUGUGAGCUUGCAGCAGCUUCCAGAUAAAUUAAAUCCUAUCAUAAAACCAUUGAUGGAAACGAUUAAAAAAGAAGAGAAUACACUAGUACAAAACUAUGCAGCUCAGUGUAUAGCUAAGCUACUUCAGCAGUGUACAACAAGGACACCCUGCCCCAAUUCAAAGAUUAUUAAAAACCUUUGUAGUUCACUUUGUGUAGACCCAUAUCUAACUCCUUGUGUCACGUGUCCAGUACCAACACAGAGUGUCCAGGAAAAUUCUAAAGGCUCCAACUCAGAAAAAGAUGGAAUGCACCAUACUGUCACGAAGCACAGAGGCAUAAUUACACUCUAUAGACAUCAGAAAGCUGCUUUUGCUAUCACGAGUAGGCGAGGUCCUACCCCCAAAGCAGUCAAAGCUCAAAUAGCAGAUCUUCCUGCAGGAAGUAGUGGAAAUAUCCUUGUUGAACUUGAUGAGGCUCAGAAGCCUUAUCUUGUACAACGGAGAGGAGCUGAAUUUGCCUUGACAACUAUAGUGAAGCAUUUUGGUGAUGAAAUGGCAGUAAAGUUGCCACAUCUCUGGGAUGCUAUGGUUGGCCCAUUGAGGAAUACAAUUGACAUAAAUAAUUUUGAUGGAAAGUCCCUCCUGGAAAAGGGAGAUGGCCCUGCCCAAGAACUGGUGAAUUCUCUGCAAGUUUUUGAAACAGCAGCAACUUCAAUGGAUUCUGAGCUUCAUCCUUUGCUGGUACAGCAUCUGCCUCAUCUUUAUAUGUGCCUUCAGUAUCCCAGCACUGCAGUGAGACACAUGACUGCUCGUUGUGUAGGCGUCAUGAGCAAAAUAGCUACCAUGGAAACAAUGAAUAUUUUUUUGGAGAAAGUUCUUCCAUGGCUGGGAGCAAUUGAUGACAAUGUCAAACAAGAGGGUGCAAUAGAAGCACUUGCCUGUGUAAUGGAACAACUGGAUGUUGGUAUUGUUCCAUAUAUUGUCCUUUUAGUUGUGCCUGUGUUGGGAAGAAUGAGUGAUCAGACAGACAGUGUAAGAUUCAUGGCUACACAAUGCUUUGCAACGCUAAUUAGACUCAUGCCACUUGAGGCAGGGAUUCCAGACCCUCCAAACAUGUCAGAAGAAUUAAUCCAAUUGAAAGCCAAGGAGCGGCACUUUUUGGAGCAAUUGUUAGAUGGGAAAAAAUUAGAAAAUUACAAGAUUCCAGUACCAAUCAAUGCUGAACUCAGAAAAUAUCAGCAGGAUGGUGUGAACUGGUUAGCAUUUCUUAAUAAGUACAAACUUCAUGGAAUUCUGUGUGAUGACAUGGGUUUGGGAAAAACUUUACAAUCCAUCUGUAUCUUAGCAGGAGAUCAUUGUCACAGGGCCCAGGAAUAUGCACGAUCAAAAUUGGCAGAAUGUAUGCCACUUCCUUCCUUGGUAGUUUGUCCACCAACAUUAACAGGUCAUUGGGUGGAUGAAGUAGGUAAAUUUUGCUCCAGAGAAUAUCUAAAUCCACUGCACUAUACAGGACCUCCAACUGAAAGAAUAAGGUUACAGCAUCAAGUAAAAAGGCACAAUCUGAUAGUGGCUUCAUAUGAUGUUGUGAGGAAUGACAUAGAUUUCUUUAGAAAUAUUAAAUUUAACUACUGUAUUCUUGAUGAAGGCCAUGUCAUCAAAAAUGGAAAAACAAAGUUGUCAAAAGCAGUAAAACAACUGACAGCUAAUUACAGGAUUAUUCUUUCUGGAACACCAAUCCAGAACAACGUUUUGGAGCUGUGGUCAUUAUUUGAUUUCCUCAUGCCAGGAUUUUUGGGUACUGAACGUCAGUUUGCUGCUCGAUAUGGUAAACCUAUAUUAGCAAGUAGGGAUGCGCGAAGCUCCAGCCGAGAACAAGAAGCAGGCGUUCUUGCAAUGGAUGCACUUCACCGCCAAGUACUGCCGUUUCUUUUGAGAAGAAUGAAAGAAGAUGUUUUGCAAGAUCUUCCACCCAAAAUUAUUCAAGACUAUUAUUGUACUCUCAGUCCUCUCCAGGUUCAGCUCUAUGAAGAUUUUGCUAAGUCCCGCGCCAAGUGUGAUGUUGAUGAAACAGUUUCUUCAGCUGCACUUUCUGAAGAAACUGAAAAACCAAAGCUUAAGGCUACAGGCCAUGUAUUCCAGGCAUUACAGUACUUACGUAAACUGUGCAACCAUCCAGCAUUAGUCUUAACACCUCAACAUCCAGAGUUCAAGAGCACUACUGAAAAACUGGCAGCUCAGAAUUCGUCUCUUCAUGAUAUUCAACAUGCCCCUAAACUCUCCGCUUUGAAACAAUUGCUGUUGGACUGUGGUUUGGGAAAUGGCAGCACUUCAGAGAGUGGUACAGAGUCCGUUGUGGCCCAGCACAGGAUACUGAUCUUCUGUCAGCUUAAAAGCAUGCUUGAUAUAGUAGAACAUGAUCUCCUCAAACCUCACUUGCCCUCUGUCACUUAUUUGAGAUUAGAUGGCAGCAUACCUCCUGGUCAGCGGCAUUCCAUUGUUUCACGGUUUAACAAUGAUCCAUCCAUAGACGUCCUCUUACUUACAACUCACGUUGGUGGCCUGGGGCUUAACUUAACAGGCGCUGACACAGUGGUAUUUGUGGAGCACGACUGGAAUCCCAUGCGAGAUCUACAAGCCAUGGACCGAGCCCAUCGCAUUGGACAGAAACGCGUGGUUAACGUGUACCGAUUGAUAACCAGAGGAACACUGGAAGAGAAAAUAAUGGGUUUGCAGAAAUUCAAGAUGAACAUAGCGAAUACUGUUAUUAGCCAAGAGAAUUCUAGUUUGCAGAGUAUGGGGACGGAUCAACUUCUUGAUCUGUUUACUCUUGAUAAGGAUGGUAAAGCAGAAAAAGCUGAUACCUCUACUUCUGCAAAAGCAAGUAUGAAAUCAAUUCUUGAAAACCUGAGUGAUCUUUGGGAUCAAGAGCAGUAUGAUUCAGAGUACAGCCUGGAAAAUUUUAUGCAUUCUCUCAAGUAACUAUCAAAUAUUGUAAAUGCAUUGCUGCUAGUUCAGUUACAUUUCUGCUGAUAUUCAGCAAAUUUCAAAGUUUAUGGUGAACUUUUAGCUCAACGUGUAAAUAGAUCUGAAGAAUAUUCAGCGUACGCUGGCACUUGUUUCACUGGGGGGAACAAGUUAUUCUCAAAUAUUUGCACUGUAUUAAAUUUAAAUGUUAAUGUGAAAUGGUUUAAAUUUUACAUGCUGAAUAGCUGCAGACCAGAGGAACCAAACCAGGUUUACAUGUGCUACCAGGAGGUGUUCUUACUUAGAACAAGCCUCCUGUCUUUACAUAGUGACUUUGUACAGGAUAAUAUCCAUGAGUACUUUAGUGUUCAUGUACAUUUUUUAUUUUAAAUGGAACCUGUUUUUAUAAUGAUUAAAAAGAGGGCUUUUUUUGUAUAAAAGCCUUAAUGAGCCAUAAUUUUAAGAAAUUAUUGGUCAGUCUUGGAACAUGACAGAAUGUUAGACAAUGAAUUGAACCAAGCGCUUGGUGGAAACCUUUAUAUAUUUAAUGCAAAUGCACAGUGUUUUUCAAAUCUUUAACAUCAUUUUGCCAACUUUUAAAAUAUAAUAUCAACUAUUCUAAAUACAGGUCAUGGUCUGUUUAAGGCUACCAUAACAUCCUAUUAAGAGGGUGUUUUUUUAAUUUAUCUAAAGGCUAGAUUAUAGCCAAAUUCAAAGAACAUAUGUACUCAAUAGGUUUCAAUCUUAUAUAUAUAUAUAAUAUAUUUUUUGUAACUAUGAACAUCUACAGUUUUCCAGAAGUAGAUUUUACACUGUUUAGAAUUCUAAAACCUAUGUUGAAAAGACUGUUUAUUGCAGUAAUGCAUGACAGAAACAUAAAAGGGAGAAAUAAUUCCCUUAUACACAAACAUACAUAAAUACACAUAUGCACAGAUGUAUCUAUCCUGCAUCCCAAAAGGUGCCUAGUAUUGGCACUAAAAUCAUGUAGUUAUACUGGGCAGCAAUAAUAAUUGGGCAUGAAGCUGAUUAACUAGUGUUAGAAAAGUGAGCUCAGUGGUGAGGGUGAGUAUGUGUACGUAUAUAUUUUAUAAAUUUCACACUCAUAAAUUAAUACAUUGCCUGUCUACACACAUAUAUGGGAUAUAUUUGUGUGUGUGUGUAUCUAUGUGUCAUGUGUGUAUAUAUAUGUAUAUACAUAUACACACACACAGAUUAAUAAACAUCCCCAAGGUUUAUGGCUGGCCAUACACAUAGGCAUCAGUUUAAAAACCAUCAGACCUCAGCUGUAAAAUAACAGAUGUUUUGUUUAGAAUCAUUAAACUUAUACUGUUCUGCAGCAUUUAGAUGACAUGGACGUUUGUCAUAUUUCAGUACUUUGACAACCAUACUGUAACAUUAAACCUAGCAUUCCAUAAGCAUAAGAGAAUAAAAUAUAAGAUUGAAACUGUAAAAUAUAUGCAACUGUGUGUUAUUUGUAGGAAAUGCUCACUAGAAAAAGCAAACGAUUAGAAUUAGUUCCAAUAUAAAGGUUCUAAAGUUUAUUGCUUUUUUCUUACUAAUUAACUGGCUAUUUCUUCAUUGUUUAGGAUUUAUAUUCUAACUGUAGAAGACCAAAUAGAAACUCUUGACUUUGUGUAGAGUAUCCAUUGUACACAGCAUUAGACACCUGAGCCAGUGCACUUUAGUUGAAUGUUUUUUAUUAACCAUUUAUGUACUAUUUUCACAAGCCAGCUAUUUAACAUAGCUCAUAGUAAUUGACAUUUCCUAAUCAUUAAUGUACGGUAGUUUGUUUUCCCUUGAUCUUCAAUAUAAGAUAGACUUUAGAUUGGGGGGGCAGUGCUUGUCAGAUGUGUAAUUAUAGUUUUCUAAUGACCAAAGAGACACUGGUCUUAUCUUCUGUGGCUGCCAAAACUUUGUAGUUUUUUUCUAGGAAAAUUCUCUACAUUUGAAAUGGUAGGUUGCCGACAUCUCCCUUUCUUGUUGGUAUUCUAUGUAGACUAGUUGGCAGGAGUACAGUAUUUACUGUAUGUAUGUGAAGUAGCUAUAAGAAUAUGUAAGGAACAAUAUGUCAUUAAAGAGAGGAGUGGGCUGAGAAUUCACAAUAUAAAAAGGGCUAAAGUGUUUGGUUUUUUUUCCUGAUUUGUAAGGUUUGAUAAAGAGCUGAAGUAGAGCUGAAGUCAGAUAUUUAGGCAGUUUAAAUUUUAAAAGAAUUUCAUCUCAAAAUGUAUGCAUGUGUUUAGUAAAAUAUUUCUAGAAGGACAAGAAAACAGUAAUAGUGGUUGCCUUGGACAGGAAAAUGGGCGCUAGGGAUGAGAGGAAGACUUAGUAUAACUAUAAUUAAAAAAUAACCUUGUGAAAUGUGAAAAAUUAAAUUCCAUUCCAACUUUCUAAAUACAGAAAAACACAUAAACAGGUAAGAAGUAUACUUCAUUAAGUGACCCAUUUAAGGUCAUAGUAGUACAGUUUAAGAAUAAUGGAUACAUGGGGAAAUUGAACUGAGUGAUGAAUGAUAUUAAAGAUAUGCUGUUAAUUUUAUGGAUAUGAUAUGGUAAGUCAUGUUUUUAAAGACAUUUGACUGUGGAGAAUAAAACAGAUAUAAUAGAAUGUUGAUAAAUAUUUUAAGCUGGUUAAUAGUCCAUAGUGAUUCAUUAUUUUUUUUCAAGUUUUUAUUAUAGAAAAUUUCAAAUAAUUUAAAAAUAAUUGCAGAAUUAUAGAUUAACAGAUUAUCAUAGCCUAGUGUUGCUUUCCUAUAGGAAAUUAAGUUUUUAGCACUAAAGAAAUAUUAAAAUUAGGGUUUCUGGGUAUAAUUUUUCACCCACACACGUAGUCUCCAUGAGUCAGAGUCAACAGCAACAAGUUUAGGAUGUGUGUGUGUGUAUAUCUCCACAUAUACUUCUAAAAAAAAAUGUUCUAGUCUUUCAGCAAGAGCUUUUAUAUCUGGUAAUACAGUUGAAAGUCUUUGAUGCUAGGACUGAUUGAACUGGUGUAGCCUUACUGUACCUUCUGAAUGGCUUAUAUGAGCUUAUUCAAAAGUGAAUUCUCCAGUGCAGCUGUUGAGAAUGUGACCACUUAGAGGCAAAAGUGGGGGAACUACAAGAGCAUGAUAGAAGUCAUAGAAAAGUAACAAGGAUUCCAUCAUACAUUUGUCUGUUCCAAAUAUUUAAUCCCAAUGCAAUCUUCUACCUUCUGGUUAAAGAUGGACCAUCUGAAUUUCCCAGAAGACAUGCUGGCAUUUGUGGACUCUGAAGUUAAAUUGAUUGUAGGAACAUCUGUUAUCAAGUGCCAGAGUACUCAAUGUGGAUCAAUAAAACAAAAACUUGAGUUAUGGCAAUUAUUAGAAAAUGUCUGCUAUUCACACUGCAGUGUCAGACACUAUCUCUAAGGAGGUAAAAAUGGCCUCCUGCCACGAGAAAGAGUCCCUAAGCGUCUCAGAUAAAUUCACUUAGACCAGUGAAGUUCUGUUGAAGAAUAUAGGAGUUGAUCCUAAUGUGUAUGUAGGGGCAAGAGACAUGGCUUCAGGCCUACAGGAGAAAAUGGACUACAACUUAGUCCUAUUUGUAAAGCCUCAGAGAGCUCAUGUACAACAAAAAGACAAUCCAGUUUAAAAAUGGGCAGAGGACACUUCACCAAACAGGACAUUUAAGCAGCCAACAAAUGCAUGAAAAG